AGCAAUUCAUCUUCUUUGAAUAUAAAUUCAGAGAUAGUUCUUCUUCUCUUACAAUCUUCCUCUACUACUCUCACUCACUGAGAAUUUGAAAUUGAAUCCACUUUGAAUAUGGCUGAGGCUGCACAAUCCAAUGCUGAGCUGUUAGAAUGGCCGAAGAAAGAUAACCACCGAUUCCUGCAUGUUGUUUACCGUGUUGGUGAUCUCGAUCGCACCAUCAAGUUUUAUACUGAAGUUUUUGGAAUGAAGCUUUUGAGGAAACGAGAUGUUCCGGAAGAGAAAUAUACCAAUGCUUUUCUUGGAUUUGGUCCUGAACAAACUAAUUUUGUUGUGGAAUUAACUUAUAAUUAUGGAGUGACCUCGUAUGAUAUUGGAACUGGCUUUGGACAUUUUGCAAUCGCAACUCCAGAUGUCUACAAAUUUGUUGAAGAGAUCCGAGCUAAGGGUGGAGUCGUCAUUAGGGAGCCUGCUCCAAUUGGUGACACUGUUAAUGCCUUUGUGAAGGAUCCUGACGGUUAUGAAUUUGAAAUUCAACAAAAAGCUUCAACCCCUGAGCCAUUAUGCCAUAUGUUGUUUCGUGUUGGUGACUUAGACCGCUCAAUUAAGUUUUACGAAAAGGCUUUGGGUUUCAAGCUUUUGAACAAGUAUGAUUUACCUGAAUACAAGAUAACUUUUGCUAUUAUUGGAUAUGGUGAAGAGCCCGAGAGAGUUGUCUUGGAGUUAUUAUAUAACUAUGGUGUCACUGAAUACACCAAGGGAAAUGCUUAUGCACAGGUUGCUAUUGGCACUGAUGAUGUAUACAAGAGCGCUGAGGUAGUCAAGAUAGUCACUGAAGAGCUUGGAGGAAAGAUUACCAGGGAACCAGGGCCAAUUCCUGGCAUUAACACAAAGAUCACUUCUUUCUUAGAUCCAGAUGGAUGGAAAAUUGUGUUGGUCGAUAAUCAAGAUUUUCUGAAGGAGUUGGAGUGAAGAGUUGUUGUUUUUCAUUAAUAAUAAGAGUCUUGGAGCUAUUUUAUGAAAAUAAGUUGCAUGUCUUUAUGAUUGAAGAUCAACAUGUACGUUAUCGGUAAUCAAAAUAAUAUUAUUUUGUUUGGCUUUUAUAAUACAAGAAAUACUAAUUAUUGUCUUUGAGACACUCU